AUGCCAGGCAACGCUCAGUAUCCGCGCCCUCCCCAGCGCGAAUCAUGGUUUGCGCCCAUGUCGAUUGACCUCAUUCUCAAGGUCCUCAACACGACAUUCCUUCAUCCCUUUAUCUGCUGGAUUAUUCCUCUCUGCUUCCGUGCCCAGACGGUCAAGUGGGAUGCCCCGCCCAUGAUCGCCUCCAUCGCCUGGGCCACCUUCAUCACGCUCUGCUGGAUGGCCAACAUCAUCAACCAGCGCAUCGCCCAUGGCAUCCCCAGGGAGGUAGACUUGGGUGAGGAGGUUAUCGUCAUUACCGGCGGAGCUAGCGGGCUUGGUCUGCUGGUUGCUGAGGUGUACGGUAUGCGCGGCGCGACGGUGGCUGUGCUGGAUGUGAAUGAGAUGGAGAAUACUGAGGCGAGGGGUGUUACGUACUACAAGUGUGAUGUUGGAGACAAGGAUCAGGUUGCCAAGGUUGCCCUCGAAAUCGAGAAGGAUCUCGGCACGCCAACUGUGCUCAUCAACAACGCUGCCAUUGUGGUUGGAAAGACUCUUCUGGACCUGUCACUGGACGAGAUUGACCAGAGCCUCACCACUAACCUCCUUGGACCUUUUUACUGCCUCAAGGCCUUCCUACCUGCCAUCAUUCGGGGCGGAAACGGUGGUACAAUCGUCAACAUCUCAUCCGUCAUUGGCACCGUAGGCGCCGCGCAACUGACAGACUAUGCGGCCGCAAAGGCAGGAAUCACGGCGAUGCACCGAUCACUGACAGCCGAGCUGCGCGAAAGCCACCCGGAGAUCCGUACCGUGCUCGUGACGCCCGGCCAGUUGAGCACGCCUCUCUUCUACGGUGUUCAGACCCCCAACUCGUUUAUUGCACCCGUCGUUGAACCCGUCGACGUCACCAAGGAGAUCGUGGCGGCCAUUGACAACGGAAGGGGCGCAACCGUUGGAAUGCCCUUCUACGCCAGAUGGAUCGACUGGUUCAACGUGCUGCCCGUGGGAGUGCAGGUCAUUGCGCGGUGGGUAGCAGGCGUUGACAGUGGCAUGAAGACGUUUGUUGGAAGACGUGGACAGAAGCUGGAGUGA